GAAAGCUCAUGGGCUUUGUGAUGCUUACGUCACGGUCAUAAGCGCCCACUGGGAUCCCCUUAACCUCUAAGCCACCGCUUGCUUUCUAUUCCCCCGGGGGGUAAGAAAGCGGAAGCCGGAUGACACUUUUGUAAGGGGGAGUUGUACCGUCACGUUCGCCGCACAUCCCGGAGCAUCUUUGGAUUCUGACUUGCGGGGGUGAAAUAAUGGGAGACAAAGACACCGUCGAGAAGUUCCUGGACAACAACCCUCAGUUUGCCAAGGAGUACUACGACAAAAAGGUCAAGGCCGAUGUCAUCGCGGCAGCUUUCGACAACCAGGUGCAGGUCCAAGACCCGUCCUCGUACAGUGACGCCACCACCGUCCAGGAGGCCCAAUUCGUGUUUGAGCUGGUCAAGGAAUUGCAAGGCGUCGGCCCGCUGGAAAAAGCCCUGCACAAAGUUCUCCAGAGGAUCGCGUUGUUGGUCCAGGCGGACCGCUGCAGCUACUUCGGCUAUCGGGCGCGCAACGGGACGCCCGAGCUGUCCACGGUCCUCUUCGACGUCACGCAUAACUCCCCGUUCGACAAGAAUCUGGUCAACCCCAAUGUGGAGAUCGUCUUCCCCACGGACAUGGGGAUCGUCGGGUGGACGGCGCACUCCAAGAAGCCGCAGAAUAUCGCCGACGUGAAGAAGGACUCUCAUUUCAGCGACUUUGUGGACAAGCAGACCAAAUACACCACCAAAUGCAUGAUGACCGCCCCCAUCUUGAGCGGAAAGGAUCCCAUCGGCGUCGUCAUGGCGCUCAACAAGCAAGGCGCCGACGUCUUCUCAAAGAGUGACCAGGAGCUCUUCAAUAAAUAUGUCAACUUUGCAUCGGUGGUCGCCCUCCAAGCCCACACUGCUUACAUGUGGGAUGUGGAGUCCAGGAGAAGUCAGGUGCUGCUGUGGUCGGCCAGCAAAGUUUUUGAGGAGCUGACGGACAUCGAGAGGCAGUUUCACAAAGCCCUGUACACGGUCAGGACGUACAUCAAGUGCGAGAGGUACUCGGUGGGGCUCCUGGACAUGACCAAAGACAAAGAAUUCUUUGAUGAAUGGGCCAUCAAACUCGGGGAACAGGAGCCCUAUAAGGGUCCCAAGACACCUGAUGGCAGAGAAAUUAACUUCUACAAGAUCAUUGACUACUUGCUGGAAGACAAAGAGGAAAUUAAAGUUAUCCCCGCGCCCCCUGUGGACCACUGGGCUCUGGUCAGCGGACUGCCAAGCUACGUGGCCGAAAAUGGAUUUAUUUGCAACAUGAUGAAUGCCGCGGGGGAUGAUUAUUUUUCAUUUCAGAAAGACGCGGUUGACGAGAGCGGCUGGAAGAUCACAAACGUUCUCUCCCUCCCCAUCGUCAACAAAAAGGAAGAGAUCGUCGGCGUCGCGACCUUCUUCAACAGGAGAGACGGAAAACCCUUUGACGAGAACGACGAACAAAUAACAGAAGCCCUGACUCAAUUCCUGGGCUGGUCCACUCUGAACAGCGACACGUAUGACAAACUGAACCGGACUGAGUGGAGUAAGGACGUGGCACAGGAAAUGCUCAUGUACCAAACCAAGGCCACGCCAAAUGACGUGCAGACCAUCUUGAACACUCAAGAAAAGUUUGGUUCUACACCGGAAGACUGUGACCAGAAGGAGAUGUACAAACUACUGAGAGCCAACAUUCCCGAAUCCAAGACGGUGGAUCUGCACGAGUUCAGCUUCAGUGACUUUCCGCUGUCUGAGUUCGAGCUCAUUAAAUGCGGCAUCCGCUGCUUCUUCGAGCUGGGGGUGGUCGAGAAGUUCAAAGUCCCCGCGGAGACCCUGACGCGCUGGAUGUACACCGUUCGCAGGGGUUACCGUGACAUCACCUACCACAACUGGAGGCACGGAUUCAACGUGGGACAAACCAUGUUCACCCUCCUACUUACGGGCAAGCUGAAGAAGUACUACUCAGAUCUCGAGACCUUUGCCAUGGUGGCGUCUGGAUUCUGCCACGACAUCGACCACAGGGGGACCAACAACCUCUACCAGACAAAGAGCGCAUCACCUCUGGCUAAACUUCACAGCAGCUCCGUCAUGGAGCGACAUCACCUGGAGUACAGCAAAACGCUCAUGGAGGAUGAGAACUUGAAUAUCUUCCAAAACCUGCAAAAGCGCCAGUUUGAGACCGUGCAGCAUCUGUUUGAAGUUUGCAUCAUCGCGACUGACCUCGCCCUUUAUUUCAAGAAGAGAACGAUGUUCCAGAAGAUCGUGGAUUCGAUGGAGGCUAUUCCAGACGAGAAAGAUAAAAUCAGCUACGUUUCCAACAACCCCACCAGGAAGGAGAUCAUCAUGGCAAUGAUGAUGACAGCAUGUGAUCUGUCGGCCAUUACGAAGCCGUGGGAGGUUCAGAGCAAGGUGGCUUUGAUGGUGGCAGCAGAAUUCUGGGAGCAGGGCGACUUGGAGAGGACGGUCCUUGAGCAGCAGCCUAUUCCAAUGAUGGAUCGAAAUCACGCUGACCAGCUACCCAAGAUGCAGUGUGGCUUCAUCGAUUUUGUCUGCUCUUUUGUGUACAAGGAGUUUUCACGCUUCCACACGGAAAUCUCCCCCAUGUUCGCCGGUCUGAACAACAACCGGGGGGAGUGGAAAGCGCUCGCCGACGUCCACGAGGCCAAGAUGAAGGCCAUUGAAGACGAGAAGAAAAAAUUGGAAGGUGGAGAGCAGGCUGACGCGGCGGGCGGCAAGUCCAAAACGUGCGUCAUCUGCUAAAAACCGUUGUGGGAUUAUUUUGAGCAUGUACAUGCGAAACGUUAAAUACCUUAAAAUACCCCAAAAUCUGAGCGCGCGCACACACUGGUACCUUGUCUCGAGUUGCAAACUGUCGCCUGGUUGAUUUCUAUCUUGUUUUAUGUGUUACGAGUGAGCUUUCGAUACGGGACUGACUGUAAAAUACAAAAUGAGAACACGUGUAAUGAGCUGCUGUAGCCCACUACACACACCUGGACACUCACGGGCAGAUUAAGCCACCCCAGAAGAGCAAAUGAUGUCACUCAUUAGGCCACACCUCUGCGAGGCACACAUCCAACACAUCAAUACCGCACAAGUACAAAUAUGACGCUUGAUAUGGAUGCCGAUUUGAUAUAUGACGAAAUGAAUUUAUGAGCUUGAUUAUAGAAAGAAUUAAAGUCACACGUCAAGGUUCCACUGGACUGUGAUGCCAAUUUUAGGAUUAGCGUUGCGUGUACGGAUUAUCUUAAUAUCUUAACGAUGAUUUCAGUAUUAAACUAUUAUGUGUUGCCACGCCAAAUAUGACUAGAAAUACAUGAAUAAAAUGAGAUUAUGUUAGUGCUAUUGCAUUUCACGGCCCCCCGCCCCAAAAAAAAAAACAAACACACUCUUGUAUACGUCAUGUUGCUUUUAAAAAGAUCUUCUGUGAUAAGGUGACGAGCAACAUAAGGAGAUUUGACUCUAUUGGAUUUGCUUAUCAAACCAGUGGAGUCCCUGGGAUUAUUUUUUUUUUUAAGUUGCCCCCUGCUUACUACAUAACGUAAAAAUACUGACGUCCUGCUUAGAAUUCUGCGGCAACCAGCGAGACCGAGAACACACACAGGACAAGAAAAGUGAUUUGAUCCUGACUCAUAUGAAAGUAGCGGUAUUAUUUUAUGCACAAUAGCCUAGCUACAGUAUCAAAUAUGUCAAUAAAGUCUAUUUUUGAAAAUGAUGCCUGUGUUGUAUUUAUGUCAUGACAUACAGGUAUACGAGCGUAAUACAGCAAGAGAAAAUCCGCAAUGUACAGGGACCGUGUCAUUCUUUCCAUCCACAU